CYGGCGUUUGCCUCCUGGGCUAUGGCUCUACAUGGCCUCUGCAGGGCCCCAGCGCAGUAACCGAGGCCCCAAGCAGGAGAAGAGCUUCAGGUUGGGCUCAGGCAGCCCGCAGGCAGGGAGAGCCCUGCCGCGCCGGGCCUGUCCCCGCGCUCAGCAGCAGGUGAAACCUGUCUGGAACGUAGAAGGGAAGCAUGUGAGUGCUUUCCAGGAUCACAGCCUGCUGCUCUCAGGGAUCAGUCCGCAGCAAUCCAGCUGCUUGCACUCGCCACUGCUAUGCGACGCGCAGCCCGGUGAAAGCGCCUUCCCGAGCCUGCCCCUGGCCCAGCCCUGCCCGGCUCUCGGUGGGAGCACUCUGCUCUUCCGCCGCUUCAGCCUCAGAUCCAAGCCCUACCGGUUUCCUUUCCAAAGCUCCCUGGACACCAGCCCUACCGCAGGAAGGGGCAUGUCCUCCCUGCUCGUGGAGCCCUGCCUGUUGCCUGCACAGGAACGCCCUGGGCCUGAGGCAAAAGGCUCUGCCCUUGGCUCGGGUAAGCAGCCUGCCAGCCCGUACAGACCAGUGCUCAAUAACAACUCCUUCCUACGGCCAAGCAAUACUCAAGUGCCUUUGCCGCAGCCUCCGGAGAUCAAGAAGCUGAAGAACAUCCACAGCUUUCCUGCUGUCUGCUGGCCCCACUCUGGGGAUGGGGGGGACUGUCCCCCCGCGAGCCUUGUGAACAUAGCGGUGAAGAACAGCCUUGCUCCGGAGCAUCCCCUCUCCCUGCUGAGCCCGGUGCCCAGCACUGUGAUCCUCAGGAAGGACUGUUGCUCCUGGCUGCUGGAGGAUGCUGAAGGGCGGCUGCAGAGCGUGGAGGACAAGAGGGCAGAGAGCAAGCUCACGGAGGCUGUGCAGAAGCUUGCUGGGCAGGUCGCUGCGAGCAGCAGCUUCAGGCACGCGGCGCGAAGCUCUCGCCUUACGAACGCGGGCGGUUUGUCCACCAGGAAGAGCCGGUGGGGACAGCACAUUGUAGCCCAGCUCACCCCGAAAGAAAGCAUCGCCCCCCUGAACCUCGAGAUGGGUAGCCAUUGCCUUAAUGGGAACGCGAGCCUUACGGGCGCYGCCGGCGCCCUUGUCUGCACUAAACGGAUCAGUGCCCAUCUCCUGGCCCCGCAGAGCGGCUCCGGCGAGCGCGGCGCUGCCUGCAGGCUGCUCAGCGCCCUCGCCCUGCGCCGCGGGGACCAGGCGGCGAGGGCACAGCCUGCCCACCUUGCUGCCGUCUCUGAGGUCGCGUCGCAGAUAUCCACCAUCCAACUGGAGAAAGAAGGGGACUGCUCCCAGGCUGCGCUUCCGGAAAAACUGGAUGUCACCGCUGAGCAGUCGCCGCCGGAGCUGAGCCAUGCUGAGGUGCUGAGCCAUCCCGACAUGGAUACGGAGGAAGAGCUUCCCGAUGCUUUGGAUGAGAGCUUCAGCCAAGAGGAGGAGGAAGAGGAGAGUGAAUCGGACACUUCUGCUGUUGCUGGUCUGUCUCCCAGCGGCUCAGUGGCUCUUAUUGCCAGGAACUGUGUCAAGUGCCUGACCCCACCAGCUGAGGCUCGGGAGCCGGUGCUCAAACCAGCUCUUGUUUGCAGUUUAUUCCCUAAUGUGCCUCCAACCAUCUACUUCAGUACUCGGGAUGAGAGAGUGGAAAAGCUGCCCUGGAAGCAGAGGAAGCUGUUGCGGUGGAAAAUGAGCACAGUCACGCCAAACAUAGUGAAGCAAACCAUUGGCAGGUCCCACUUCAAAGUCAGCAGGAAAAGCAGUGACUGGCUGGGCUGCUGGGGCCACCACAUGAAAUCAGCCAACUUCCGAGCCAUCAGGGAGCACCAGAAGCUAAACCACUUCCCUGGUUCAUUUCAAAUCGGGAGGAAGGACCGGCUGUGGCGCAACCUGUUGAAGAUGCAGACCCGCUAUGGGAAGAAGGAGUUUAACUUCUUUCCCCAGUCCUUCAUCCUGCCCCAGGACAUAAAGCUGCUGCGGAAGGCGUGGGAGGAGGGAGCUAGUCGCCAGAAAUGGAUCGUGAAGCCACCAGCAUCAGCGAGAGGCAUUGGCAUCCAGGUCAUCCACAAAUGGAGCCAGCUCCCCAAAAAGAGACCGCUGCUGGUGCAGAGAUAUCUGCACAAACCCUACCUCAUUGGCGGGAGCAAGUUUGACCUGAGGAUCUACGUUUAUGUCACUUGCUACGAUCCCCUCAGGGUCUACCUGUUCAAGGACGGAUUGGUUCGCUUUGCUAGCUGCAAGUACUCCUCCUCGAUGAAGAGCCUCAGCAACAAGUUCAUGCACUUGACCAACUACAGUGUGAACAAGAAGAACACGGAGUACAAGUCCAACUCAGAUGAGUCUGCUUGUCAGGGGCACAAAUGGGCUCUCAAAGCACUCUGGAGCUAUCUGACCCAAAAGGGAAUUGAUAGUGAGGCCAUCUGGGAGAAGAUCAAAGACAUCGUUAUUAAAACCAUCAUUGCAUCUGAGACCUAUGUGAACAGCCUGGUGAAGAUGUAUGUGCGGCGCCCGUAUUGCUGCCACGAGCUGUUUGGGUUUGAUAUCAUGCUGGAUGAAAAUCUCAAGCCCUGGAUCUUAGAAGUCAACAUUUCCCCCAGCCUCCACUCAAACACCCCCCUGGACGUGAGCAUCAAGGGCCAGAUGAUCCGGGACGUCCUCAACCUCGCUGGCUUUGUUCUGCCCAGCAUGGACAAGACRGCCACCAGGCCAGGAACUGGAAGCAGCGCUACCUCCAGUGCGGGCAGUGCUGUGAAGGAGAAGUCCAAGUCAGCCUCUGAGUUCUUCACAGUGGAGAAAAUGAAGAGAGCUUUUUACCUGACACAGAAGGACCCUGACGAGGAUUUCUAUUCCUCCAUGCUGGACRCCCUGACCCCGGCUGAUGUUCGUGUCCUGGUGGAGACGGAGGAUGAGUUUUCCCGGCGCGGGCAGUUUGAGCGCGUCUUCCCCACCCACAUCUCCAUGCGCUACCUGCCCUUCUUUGAGCAGCCUCGUUACUUCAACAUCCUGGCCAUCCAGUGGGAGCUCAAAUACUACUUGAAUAAACACAAAGGUCUGGAGCUGUUGAGGGACAGCUGUAUCAAAGGAUACCACACUGGAGCAGGAACAGAUUUGGCCCAGAUGUGGUGCCUGCAGAAGUCUCUGUUCCUCCAGAAAAGCCUCAUUCAGUCAAAUGGCUUCGGCAAGCUGGACCUGGCCAGCCUGGGCGAGUUCCUCCCUUCAGAAGAGGAUGAGGAGGCCCCAAGAAGCGUGGGGCGCCGCCGCGCRCAGAGUUUACCUCUCGACAAGUGCACUGGUGAAGCCGGCCAGGAACCUGCCGGCUGCCUCUCCGACACUGCCCUGGUGCUGUGAUUAGGCAGCCACCGUCCCUCCCAGGGGACACCUGCACCUACCUCAACGGAAGAGCCAGGAGCUGGCCCCGGAGCCCGUGGGAACCCCUUGCACUGCACACUUGCUUAUGGGCUGGUUUUAAGAGAGGGACGUUUCGCUGGGCAAAGGGAAGAGCUAGUUAGCUUCAGACUUUUAAAACAGAAGAAAUCCCCAGCUGGCAAAGGCUGAGGAAGGCUGCAUGGCCUGGCCUUUGUCUGGGGCUUUGUUGAAGCCUGAGGCGGUGGCAGCUUCUCUGCCGCUUGGAGCUGRCAGAGCUCGGAGCCGGCCUGGCCUUCCCCUUCCCCGGCAGCGCGGCGAGCUCUGCCCGCCUGCGGCACUGUGCACUGGUCCAGGGAGCCGAGUCUGCCCUGGCCUCGCUGCAGCCCRGCCCCAGGGCAGAGCUGCAGCCCCAGGAGAAAAAAGGCACCCUGGUUCUCCUGCCAUCGCUUGGCUCCUCUGCAAGGAGCGACGGUUGAGACGUAACUGACCUGUUUUAUCUCUUCAGGCAGCCUGUGCCAAGAUCUUUCCCUGCUGCCCUUCCCCAGCCCUGGGGCCUGAGCCUCGGGCUUGCACGUCACCUCUGCUCACCUGUGGAGAGGCUGCGGCCACCAGUGUGGCCACCACGUGCAGUGGGACCAGCGCAGCUGCCCGGGAGGGAGCAUCCUCUGCAGCCUCUCCCGCCAAACCCUGCAGCGUGUGCACAGGCGACGCAGGCUGCUGCUCUCCUCGUGGCCUCUGAUC